UCCGCCCCGAAUCAGUGUGAGGGAGGGACGCGCCGCACCAGUCGCUCCUCCCCGCGCCUUCGGCCGGGAGCGAACCGGACCUGAGACCCAGGAGAGCGCCUAGCCUUUGACAUUGUGUACCAAAGAAAUGGUGAUGGAGAAGCCAAGUCCGCUGCUUGUAGGGCGGGAGUUCGUGAGGCAGUACUAUACCCUGCUAAAUAAAGCACCAGAUUUCUUACACAGGUUUUAUGGCAGGAAUUCUUCUUAUGUCCAUGGAGGGCUGGAUGCCAGUGGCAAACCCCAGGAAGCAGUGUAUGGCCAGGCUGAUAUACACAAGAAGGUGAUGUCCCUGCAGUUCAGUGAAUGCCGCACUAAGAUUCGCCAUGUAGAUGCCCAUGCAACCCUGAAUGACGGAGUAGUUGUGCAAGUCAUGGGGGAGUUGACAAAUAAUGGUCAACCAAUGAGGAAGUUCAUGCAAACCUUUGUGCUGGCUCCAGAAGGAUCUGUUCCAAAUAAGUUUUAUGUCCACAAUGACAUAUUCCGUUAUGAAGAUGAAGUAUUUGGUGACUCUGAAGCUGAACUAGAUGAAGAGUCAGAAGAUGAAGUAGAAGAAGAGCAUGAAGAAAGGCAGCCAUCCCCUGAGCCGGCUCAAGAGAAUACAAACACUACUUACUAUGAGAAUCACCCUGUAACUAAUGGGAUAGAAGAAGCCUUGGAAGAAUCUUCUCAUGAACCUGAACCAGAGCUGGAAUCUGAAUCAAAAGCUGAAGAACUGAAACCUGAAGUGGAAGAAAAGAAUCUUGAAGAGCUAGAAGAAAAAUCUCCAUCCCCACCUCCUACAGAAACAGUUUCUCUACCACAGGAACCACCGAAGGCUUUCUCCUGGGCGUCAGUGACCAGUAAAAACCUUCCUCCUACUGGUACAGUUUCUUCCUCUGGAAUACCAACCCAUGUUAAAGCACCAGUCUCACAGCAAAGAGUAGAAACAAAACCUGAAACCCAAUCCCAGCCUCCGCGUGUGCGUGAACAGCGUCCAAGGGAGCGGCCAGGUUUUCCAUCAAGGGGACCCAGACCAGGCCGAGGGGAUAUGGAUCAGAAUGAAUCAGACAAUCGCCGUAUAAUUCGCUAUCCAGAUAGCCACCAGCUCUUUGUUGGCAACUUACCACAUGACAUUGAUGAAAAUGAACUGAAGGAGUUCUUCAUGAGCUUUGGGAACGUUGUGGAACUUCGCAUCAAUACUAAAGGUGUCGGAGGAAAACUCCCAAACUUUGGCUUUGUAGUGUUUGAUGACUCUGAGCCAGUUCAGAAAAUUUUAUUGGCAAAACCCAUUAUGUUCCGUGGUGAGGUUCGCUUGAACGUAGAAGAAAAAAAGACCAGAGCUGCUCGUGAAAGGGAGACUCGAGGUGGUGGUGAUGACCGCAGGGAUAUUCGGCGCAACGACAGAGGUCCUGGGGGUCCACGCGGCAUAGUGGGUGGUGGAAUGAUGCGAGACCGUGAUGGAAGAGGGCCUCCUCUAAGGGGCGGCAUGGCCCAGAAACUUGGCUCUGGAAGAGGAACUGGGCAGAUGGAAGGCCGGUUCACAGGUCAACGUCGCUGAAGAUCCCAAUGUUGGCAGGCAGUCUUGGCAGUGAUACAUUAUUCGUCGUGUUUGCAUUCUUGUUAAUUUUCUGGCUUUGGAAUGUAACACAGCCUUUUUGAUCAUUUCUUUGAUGUGAGAAACAUCUUUUGGUUACCAGUUAAAUUGAGGUGGACGUUCUUUCCCCAAUUUCACAAAGAAGUCACACUGUUAACUUAUAAAUUAGACUUGGAGAUUAAGGACUGAGAAAUGACCAUUUAAACUUUCUACAGCAACAACAAAAAGGACAAAGGGCGUGUCUAAUUGAGUUAAGGUCCUUCCAGUGUAAAAAAAACAAACAAAAACUAAUCCUUUUGCUGCACAUUUUGUGUAAGUGUUACUGUUUCUGCCAAUUACUGUUGGAAACGCAAAUAGUGCAAUCUUUGCAAUUGGAGAAGCUUGCCCUUUUUUUCCCUUUUAGAACACUUGGCUCCAAACAACUCACGUUUUUAUGAACUUAAACGCAUUAAUGGGUACUUGACUCAUUUUACGUUGACAUCUGCUGAAAGCAGCAAGAAAAAAAAUAGCUUGUGAAACGAUGCGGGCAUCUGCUCUGCUUGCUGUGACCAAUAUAUGUACACACACAAACCUUAACAAGACUACAAGUAUGUUCCAGAAGGAAACCAUUUAGCUGUAAACACAAAUGUAAAACUUCAGAAAUCAUAGUCCUGAAUACAAAACAAGUUUUUUUUUUUUAAAAAAAAAGAAUCUUAUGAGCUCCCCGCCUCUCUCCAAAACAGGGAUGGCUGACUGCUCAACACACUCCUCCUCCCUUUUCCCCUUUCUGUAAGCAGUGUACAGUGAAAAAUUGUCUUUACUGUAUUGAGGUCUCUGGUAAUGUAAUAAGCAUGAUGGUGCCUUCUAUUAAAUACAUCAUUCCAGUCUUGCUGGUGAUUUUGUACAGUAUAGUGUAUGAAUGGCUGUGCUGCAAAACUUUAACAGCUGUAAAAAAUGUUUAUAAAAUCAUUGUAUAAAAAUUGCAGUAUCUUUAAAUCAGUAAAAGUUACUGGAAUAUUAUUUGCCUAGCUCUACAGCUAACAAGUUUCUGAAGCCUUUGAAGAAGGGAGGUAUGAAGUAGUAGCUGCAUUUUUUACAGAAGUGGAGUUAUGGAAGUGAGUGUGCAUUCUUGCAUAGACAAGUCCAAAGUUAAUCAAGCGCGUACCUUCAUUUUAAAUAUACUCUGGAUAACAUAUUUAACAUAAAACUUGUUACUCAAGGAUACUGCAAUUUUCACAGGGCAGGGUAAUAGCUCAAGUAUUUGCUAUUUCCAGUUUUCGAACUGUCACCAAUUUUGCACAAACCUUGAAGCAACUUUGAUGCCUAUGUGGCUCAGAUUUGUACAUGGAGAGAAGACCUCCUCUUGUGUACUUGGACUUUGUAGAGCGUCUUGCGUUUUGGUGAGAGGUUUGCUGUUUCCAGGUUGCUGUUUGCAUAGAUAGCACAUUCCAGAAAACUGCAAAUGUAGCAAGCAAUACUCCCUGGCUUCACAUGGGACAGCUCAGCAAACCUCAGGCUUACUCUUGAGGAGGGGAGGCAAAAGUAUGUGACCACUCAGAGCUGCUCUAAGCAUGGAAGACCUCACUUGUUACGUAACAAAAUGCCUAAUGCAAGGAGCAUUUGGUUAAAGUAGCCAUUUGCUGUUUCCUAUGAAUGUGGAAAAUCUUGCCUGUGUUUAUUGGUGUGGGGGGAGUGAGUUUGUAUCAUUCUUUUCCACCAUCCCACCCCCACCCCCAAAUUGAGGUCUUCCAUGUAAGUCUUGCACUAUUUUCAUACACUUUCUGGGACACAUUUCUCUAUUUCCAUGUUUAUAUUUUGGGGAUGAUUUUUUUUUGUGUUGAACUGUUUCAUUUUCAGAUGAUACCUGGAAAUGUAGUACUUGAAUGCCUCACCACAAACCAUAAACUUGACUUAAGUUGGAAGCCUUUCUUUAAACUGCAGUUCUCAGCAAGCAGUUUGCUUACCAGUGUUUUGUGUUCCUUGGCUUUUUUAGUGCUACGGUAUUGCCCUGCCAUAUUCUGUAAAAACUGUUAAGGCAAAUGGCACUGGAGGAAUAAUCAGAAAAAUACGUAACUGACAAUUAGAGGAGCUACUGAGCCAUUCAGCUUUCCGGCUUGCUUCUUUAAAUGCCAUGAAAUAAUAUUGGAAGCAUACACAGAAGUUUACAUGGUGACUGUUCACCUACUGUACUGUGGACUCAUAGUGUUCUUGUCCCUCCUUUCAAUAAAUGUACCUCUAGAAGGAAAAGCAACAGAUCUCUUUGACCUGUUAAACUGCUGAUUUGUUGAUAUGGAUAGUAUUGCUAUCAUUACAGUCCUAUUUCAACAAACUUGCUUUAACCAUCUUUUGGCUUUAGUAGGUAUGCAAGACAGUGGACUACCAUCUUUAUUGCUGUAAUGUGUUAAGCAUUAUAUGCUAGUAGAAUCUAGUUUAAUUGUUGCAGGUGGAAAGUAUUUACUUUUAAGUUUCCAUUUUUGAAUGUGUUUUGACUAAACAUACCAAUAAACUACUGAUGUCUGCAGCAUUCA